AUGGCUGCGCCGCUCCGUCCUCCCUUCAGGGCCCGGCCGAGGCCCGCGCAGCCCCAGCCGCCAUCCUGGCCGCGCUUGCGCAGACGAGAGCUCGUUGCCUCUCGGGCUGGCCGGAAGUCGGCCGGCCUUUCCCAGCGACCACCGCGCGGCAGAGCCGCCCGGAACGCCAAGUCCCGCAGGGGACUUCCGGCCGCGGGAGGCGGGGGGGGGGGGAAGAUGGCGGCGGCGGCGGCAGGGCGGGCUGUGCGGGUGGCGCUGGCGGGGGGCGGGCGUCGGUGGCGCUGGCGGGGGGCCGGCUGGGCCUGGGCCUUGGCGGGCGCGGGAGGAGGAGCCGCGGCGGCGGCGGGGGCGCUGCUGCUGGGCGGGGCGGAGGCGGCGGCGGCGGCGGAGGAGGGGGGGAGGGGAGGCCCCGCCUCCCCCCGCGCCACCUUUAACUUCAUCGCCGACGUGGCCGAGAAGACGGCGCCGGCGCUGGUCUACGUGGAGAUCCUGGGCAGGCAUCCGUUCUCAGGGCGAGAGUUGCCCAUCUCCAAUGGUUCUGGUUUCGUGGUGUCUGCAGACGGCUUGAUUGUGACAAACGCCCACGUUGUGGCAAACCGCAGGCGAGUGAGGGUGCGCCUGGCCAGUGGGGAGCUCUACAAUGCUGUUGUGCGGCAGGUGGACCAAGUCGCUGACAUCGCCACCAUCAAGAUAGAUCCCAAGCGCCCCCUGCCCACCUUGCCCUUGGGUCGCUCGUCAGAGGUGCGCCAGGGGGAAUUUGUGGUCGCCAUGGGCAGCCCUUUUGCCCUCCAGAACACUGUCACAUCCGGCAUCGUUAGCUCAGUCCAGCGAGGAGGGCGAGAACUGGGCCUGGCUGCUUCUGACAUGGAGUACAUCCAGACAGACGCUGCCAUAGACUUUGGGAACUCUGGUGGCCCCCUGGUCAACCUGGACGGUGAGGUGAUUGGUGUCAAUACAAUGAAGGUGACUUCAGGGAUCUCAUUUGCCAUCCCCUCUGACCGGCUGCGGGCUUUCCUUGAGGAGGAGGGGAAGCGUACGGGCCCCUGGUUUGGCAGCACAGAGGGGAAGCGCCGCUACAUUGGAGUAAUGAUGCUGACCCUGACCCCCAGUAUCCUGUCUGAGCUGAGGCUGAGAGAUCCAGCCUUCCCUGACGUGCCUCAUGGCGUCCUGAUCCACAAGGUGAUCCUUGGCUCUCCGGCUCAUCAGGCUGGACUCAGGGCAGGUGACAUCCUGAUGGAAAUCAACGGGCAGCCGUCUCGGCGGGCAGAAGACGUCUACACGGCUGUGCGGACGCAGCCCCACUUGGAGCUGCUGGUGCGGCGUGGUUCUCAGUCGUUGCCGCUGACGAUCACCCCCGAGGCCACAGAGUAGGGCGGGAGGCGUUGGCUGGGGAAGGUGGACUCUGUCUUGGAUGCAGGGCUGGGUUGUCCCCCUCUCUGCUGCCCUCUUGCCCAGCCUGGGGGGUUGGUGGGGCUGGACCCCCUCCUUGACACCUGGGCGGCCUCCUUUCUGCUGUUGGCCAGAUGGCAGCUUGAGCCCCAAGGAAGUUCAACCUUUUUCUUUGCGGGGGGGGGGGGGGGGCCCCCUCCUCUCACCAGUCCUCUGUGAUAAGAGUACUGGAGACUGGACAGGAGUCUAUCUGCGCAGAACCAAAGCCAGAGGAGGCUGCCCUGAGAGACGAAUUUGGGGGGGGGGGGGGUUUGCGCACUGGGGCUGCCUGGAGGAGGAAGGAAUCCACAGCUGUCGGACUGGAGCUGCAGGGCUGGUCGGCCGCAAGGAGCAUGGCAGCGACCGCCUCGGCGGGUGAUUCUCUCCGCUCAGAGGUGCCCAGUCUCCAGUUGGGUGGUGGCUGCAUGGACGCGCACGCACACACCCCCAGCUGUGAGAGUGGGUCAGGGCAGACUCCGUCAUGGUCUCUCUGCUCGUUCAGUGGUGCAGGAGGUCCAGAUUGUGAAAUGUGUUCUGCUGAAGGAAUAAAAUGACACUUGAAUCAA